UUCUUAUUGACAGUCGGUUCUUGCCGUCGGUCGGAGGGAGAAAAGCGGGAUUCGCCGCCGAGCCAAGAGACCGCAGUGUGUGCGCUCGACACUGCACACUUCCCAUCCCGAGAGGAGAGCGGCGCACAAGAGCAAUCUCUCUCUCUCUCUCUCUCUCUCUCUCUCUCUCUCUCUCUCUCUCUCUCUCUGUCUUUCUGUGUUUCUCUCUCUCUCCCUCCCGUACACGCACUCACGCCGGCGCGCACGCACGCUCCGUAUCCGUCUCCACUUUGCUGUGGCAAAUUACGGCAUUGAUCUCAACGGCGAGUGUGGAUCUGUCUCCUGCGUUCGCCCUUUCUUCGACGGACCGACUCGAGGAAGCGCUCGAGAGAGAAGUAACUCCUCUCAUCCUGCAUGCGUCUGUGAGGACCCCUGGUCAUGUCCACGUAAUUGCCCUGCGUGAUGCCUGAUCAUGACAGCACCACCCUCCUAACCAGACAGACAAAGCGCCGACGUGUUGACAUCGGGGUGAAAAGGACUGUGGGCAGCGCAAUAUUCACUCGCUCCAGGGAGACCCUGUUUGACAGCAUGAACCAAUCGCAUGGGCCCGAUCAGGACGGAGACUGCUCGUUGGUCAGCCACGGCCACACCGGUGCCACCGGCGACGGAGAGAAGUCGAACGUUUUGAGGAAGCUGCUGAAGAGGACCAACUCGUAUGAGGACGCCAUGAUGCCCUUCCCUGGUGUCACCAUCAUCUCUCAGCUACUGAAGAAUAACAUGGGAAAGAAUGGAGGGAGCGACUCUGGCUUCCAGGGGAGUGGAGCUCUGUCCAGUGGAGGCUCAGAGAUCCAGGCUGAAGACGCCUGCAGCAACUCCUCCCGCGACCAGGACAGUCCAUCUGACUGCCUCUCUCCAGGGCCUCUUCCCCCCUCUUCCUCCUUCGGGCGGCCACUACCUCCUACGAGCCACAACUCCCACGCACCCUCUCAGCCCCUCUCCCUCUCCUCCUUUGACUUGGACAGGCUGUCGGACGAGCACCUCCGUGCAAAGCGCGCCCGCGUGGAAAACAUCAUCCGCGGCAUGAGUCACUCGCCACUGGUGCGGCCCAGCGCCAGCGACCACAACCAAGAGGGCAACCGUGACAACGAGAACAGCAGCAACAACAGCAGCAGCAGCAACAAUCACCGGGGAGACGGCAACAGCCGCAGCACCAGCAACCGCAACCACAUCCUGGGCGAGUGUCCCUCCCGCCUGAGCUCUCCGGGCUCACGGGCCGUGGUCGUCAGCGUUGGUGAGGCUUUCAGGGAGAAUAAGAGAAAGCAGCGUCUGCCACAGCAGCAACACAGCUUCACCCAGAUGGUGUGUUCCAGGCAGGAGCAAAGACAGGAAGAGAGACGGCAGCUCAAACUGCAACUGGAGGACAUGCAGAAACAACUGCGCCAACUCCAGGAGAAAUUCUACCAGAUCUACGACUCGGAGACGGAGGAAGAGGAGGAGAACGGCGAACAAGGAGGAGAAAGAGAGGAGGACGGCAACUUGUCCGAGGACAGUAUACGCUCCGACGGCCUGGAAGAAAGGCACAGGAACAGAGGGCGGCAUAGACACGACGAACUGUCAGAGCUGGACCCAGGUCUCUUCCUGGACCGGGCCCGAGCCCUUCUCCGAGAACAGGCCCUGUUAGAUGGAGAAAUAGAGGAAGAUGUGGACGGUAGGGAGGAGGAGGAGAGGAAUGAAGAAAGAGUGAUGAAGAGGAGAGGAGCAGCAGCAGGAAGAGGGGGAGGGGGAGGAGGAGGAAGGCAGUUAGCAGAGACGCUGAAGCAAGAGUUGAACUGUGCCGUGUCGCAGGUUGUCGACACUGUCGUCAAGGGCUUCUCUUCGCCCAAGCAGGGCGUCGGUAACCAUCAUGGCUGCCACAGCAACACACCAGCUGCACCCUCCUCUUCCUCCAACUCGUCCUCUUCCUGCCCUCCACCUUUCGGGCCCCUCCCGUCCCUCACCCCGGACUCACGAUUUGGCAGCGGCGCCCUGGCCCUCACUCUGAACGGUGACGGCAGUCCCACCUCUCACUACCACUCCUCGAACCAGAGGCUGCAUUGCUUUGGCGAUGUAAUUGUCCCGAACCCGAUGGAUUCAUUUGGUGGUUUGAGUGGCAGACUGAGUGGCGUGCCAACGCCAAGCGACCAAACAGAGGCCCUGCCGCUGGUGGUGCGCAAGAGUGGCGGAGGCAGCGGAGGAGAGAACAUCAACCCCUCGCUUCCACCUCCUCCUCCUCCGCACCAUCCUUCCCUCCACCCCUCUCCCCUCACCGCCUCUCUCGGGUUCAGCCCUCCGUCAUUUCGCCACCCGUUCCCUCUGCCCCUAAUGGGCUACCCCUUUCAGAGCCCCCUGGGCUCGCAUGGGGGUGGAGAUGGCUACCCUCCAGGGCCCAAGGAACUGCAUCGGUCUUCCCCCGAUUCCAUGGACAUGACCCGGGAAACUCUCAGCCUCAGAACCAAAAUGGCAUCCCUCGGAGGGGGGCAUCUCGGUCACCACCACCACCACCACCACCACCACCACAGGCAGAGCUCACCGAGCCAGCACGGACCAGAGGGUCUGUCCCUGUCCCUCAUCAAGUCUGAGUGUGGAGACCUGCAAGACAUCGCUGACAUAUCGCCCUACUCAGGCAGCACUAUUCAGGAGGGCUUGUCUCCCAACCACCUGAAGAAAGCCAAGCUGAUGUUCUUCUACACCCGCUACCCUUCCUCCAACAUGCUCAAAAUUUUCUUCUCCGACGUCAAGUUUAAUCGCUGCAUCACCUCCCAGCUGAUCAAGUGGUUCAGCAACUUCAGGGAGUUCUACUACAUCCAGAUGGAGAAGUUUGCGCGGCAGGCCAUCAACGAGGGCGUGACCGCCACGGAGGAGCUGACGGUGGGCCGCGACGCUGAGCUGUUCAGGGCCCUCAACAUGCAUUACAACAAGGCCAACGACUUCGAGGUCCCCGAGCGAUUUCUGGAGGUGGCUCAGAUGACCCUCCGUGAGUUCUUCAACGCCAUCGUGGCGGGCAAAGACGCGGACCCCUCCUGGAAGAAGGCCAUCUACAAGGUGAUCUGCAAACUGGACAGCGAGGUUCCCGACGUCUUCAAAUCCCCCAACUGUCUACAAGAGCUCCUCCACGACUGACUAGAACGAGGGAGGAAACGCCGCAAGCAAGAGAAACCUCCACGGACUGUGAGAAGACUGUAAGGAACGCCCCUCGAGGCGCACAGACAGUUAGACUGGGUCGAGGUCCUCGGUGAGAUGCGUUUGAAGGAGAUUGACGUUCAUGACACGAUGCAGAGACUUGAAGUUCUUCUACUUGGACGUCCCCGGAGAGGUUUGCUGGUGGUUGUUUUUUGGUCAGCCCAUCUUUUAAAAGACAAACCCACCCUCAAGAUGUUUUAUAAAGGAAAGAAAUAUUUCUCUUCACAGAGGUCGAGGGCUGAGACUCGUGACUCACAUGAUCCUCAAGUCAACAAAUAUUGCUGAGACUUUUAUAAAUUAAAAGUGAAAAACAGUGAAAAUUGAACAUCCUUGCACUCAAAGAAAAGCCCCCCCCCUUUCUCCAUCACCUCGUCCACGCUCGCUCUUCAUCCUCCUUCAGGGUUGAAGAGGAUCAUGGAUCAGUCCUCAGCCCUCCCAUCAUCUGGGAACAGGAGCGAAGUAAAGAAUUUAAGAUGAUAAUAUAUUUAAAAAAAAAAUCUUUUUAUUGUGGAUGUUUUUAAGUUACAUGGACAUUUUUGAAAAACAAGUGAUGUUUCUGUAUUUCUUUUUCCUCCUUUGUAUAAUCUUAGACCUCCUCACUCGCUUACAGAGACACACAGGCACACACACACCACACACUGUACACGCACACACACACACACACACACUCUUGGACAUGAAAGCACAGUAGCGCCCCCCUCCAAAAAGAACUUAGUUGUUGUUUAUUCCCCUUCAUUUUCCCUCCUCUUUUUACUUUUUCCUCUUCUUACUGUUCUGAGACUUCCUGGGUGUUUGUCUUGACUGUGGCUCCCCCGGCCCUGCCCCCUCCCCUGGCUCAUGUUGCAUUCAGACAUACCCAGAGCAUUGAUGGCAAAAAUCAUCUUUAAUGAAAUAUGAUUUUGAUACUACACCAGUCCCAUUCUUAUUUUCUUCUCUUUUUUUUUGCAAUUUUAGAAACAAGAAUUAGUCCAAAUCUGAGACGAACAUAAUGAGAAUACUAUUUUAUACUGUUAGAAACGAGAUUGAGUGACCCAUCAUCUUUAUCCAUAUCAGCCUUAAGCAGAUGCCAGCACUGACAUUUGAGAAUGUCCCUUCUUCUUUUGUUUAAUAUAAAAAAUACAAACCUCAGCUCCCACACACUGUCAGCACUUAUGGUGAAUCUAUUCAAUAGCCCAGUUCAGACCUUCAUCAAGCGCUUAAUACGUACAAAGAAUGAAAGGAGCUGGAUUUUCUGUUUUGAACCACUGCUUUACCUCCUAUACACCUGUCUCUACACAGGUGUUUCAAAAACACUUUCUUCACAAUGAGAAGCUCUUAAAUUUAAUAAAUGAAAUUCAA